AUGCCCUCCUUCCGUAUCGAUGAAAUGACGCUGCUCGAGCUACGCCAUGCCACCACCUCAGCAACUCGGAUGUUGUCCCUUCUGACGGCGGGAUAUGAAGGCGAGGAAACAAAGCUCCGGCCUCGUCAUAUCCUGGAUAUACCUCAAAUACAAUUGACUUCAAGUUUCAGAGACAUCUUCAUCGUCCCAGGCGGUCUCUAUCUGGUAGCGUUAACUGACGCAAAUGUCCAGAUCUGGGACCUUGAGCAAUCGUAUCAUAAAGCAUGCCGCCUCUAUCUCCCUAUUUCGCUCUCUGCGCCCAGGGAUAUCAAAUUCCAACUGCUCAUCGGCGUGUGCGCAUCGCACAGCUCGGGCGACUACAGCGCCUUCCGAAUAGCUGCAAGUAGUCGAGAGCUCCCAGGACGCAUCACACACCUUGUUAUUUAUGAAUACGAUGCGGCGAGAUCGCCGUUUCAAAUUACACCCAUCGCCGAGAAAGUGACUACUUUGUUCUUCGGGAGGCACUCCACCAUUCUAGGCGAUAUCCUGGCAUUUUCUGAGCACCAGGGUGACCUUACCCUUUGGAACUUCGUUAACGACACGUAUAGCAAGCUCGACAUCGGGUGGCAAUGGCGCUAUACCAAUAUCCUCAUUGACGAAAAUUACGUCUUCCUACGUGGCUUAGAUAGGGUUGACGCCUAUCGAAAGCCGCAUUUUUCACCGCUUCGUCCAAAUGAACACCUCGAAAUAGAAGCAGAGCAAACGACUCUUAGCCCGCAUUGUGCAUUUGAUCUCGUUACAGCCCAAGACUCCGACCACCUGAUAUCCCUCGAUUCAUGGUACUUUGAUGUCCCGGAUAUGUACACGUUCGACGUCGUACAACGCUACAUGAGCUCGAUAGUCACUUGUGUCAACUUCACAGCCCGAUUUCGCAUUGACCCAACCACCCUUGACGGCGGUCCCCGUCAUAGGCUGGCGCCUUGGCCCUGUUGCAUUGCCUCGACGCAAGAGCUAGACAAGUGCGAACAUCCAGUCCAGACCUUUUGGAGCUCGCAUAGGCUCUGCGAUGGUCUUACCGUCGCGUGCUACCUAGCCACUUCGAUCGUCGCAUUCGUUGUUCCCGAAGGUGAAAAUGCCUCAGGACAUAACCCACCACUUACACUCAAUCCUAAAUCAUUCGCCAAUCCAGCGAAGGUCGAGCUGAUGCACUCCGAGCAGACAAUACUUCAAUAUUCUUUCAAUCCGGUCUCUGGGCGCCUAGCCUACUGCAGACAUGACGGAUUAAAGGUCGUGGAUUACUUGUGGCAUUCAAUGGAGAAGGAGUAG